CAGAUCCACACACGAUGGCUAAAGAAAACAAGGAUCUAGAUGUCUCUUCUGUUGAGCAGAUCGAGAAUGUACAAGAAAGCAAAACAAGGCAAAUAUUGAGAAAGAUAAAAGAUUCCAUAUAUCAGAAGCCAGAAAAGCCUACGAAUGUAUGGCAUCUCCUUACAAAUCUCAACAACACUCAGCGUAUUACGUUUGCUGCAGCUUUCUUUGGCUGGACCUUGGAUGCGUUUGACUUCUUUUCAGUCACUUUGACAGCCACAUCAAUUGCAAAAGACUUUGGUGUCGAACCUUCAGAUGUUACAAGUGCCAUUACUACAACCCUGAUGUUGAGACCUAUUGGUGCACUUAUUUUUGGUGCAUUGGCUGAUAAAUACGGUCGCCGGUGGCCCCUGAUGAUUGAUAUUGUGCUUUAUUCGAUUAUCAACAUGGCUAGUGGGUUCGCGCCCAAUUUACAAACCUUUAUUGGACUCAGAGCAGUAUUUGGUAUAGCAAUGGGUGGUGAAUGGGGACUUGGCGCAAGUCUGGCACUAGAAUCACUCCCUGUUGAAGCAAGAGGUCUUUUCUCUGGAAUUUAUCAGCAAGGAUAUGCGACUGGUUACCUUUUGGCCACAGUUGCAAACUAUGGUGUCGUUCGGAAUGGCUCUUCAUGGCGUGUUCUUUUCUGGGUGGGUGCUGCAUUUGCCCUAUUGGCCGUCAUUAUUCGAUUUUGGGUGCCAGAAUCAGAGCCCUUUGAGAAAACAAAAGAAGCUCGCAAGAUCUUGGGUCGAUCUAUUUUCAAGGAAACCUGGGUCGUUAUCAAGAAACACUGGCUCAGAUUAAUUUACAUGGUCAUCCUCAUGGCCUUUAUGAACUUUUUAUCCCACGGCUCCCAGGAUCUCUAUCCUACUUUCCUACAGACCCAACUUGGCUACGACAAUGAUCAAAAGACUGCCACAAGUGUCAUUUACAAUUUCGGUGCAAUCUGUGGUGGCACCAUUGUCGGCUACUACUCAAACUAUUUCGGCCGGAGGUUUUGUAUUGCAGUCUGUGCAAUCCUGACAGGUGCUUUUAUCCCAUUGUGGGCAUUUGGACCAAAUAUUCAAUCCCUUCAGUUCGGUGCAUUCGCUCUUCAAUUCUUUGUCCAAGGCGCUUGGGGCGUCAUUCCAGCUCACAUUAAUGAAUUGGCCCCGCCUGCCUUUAGAGGUUUGAUGCCGGGUUUGGCAUACCAACUAGGAAACCUGAUCAGUGCUGCAAGCAGUCAAAUACAGGCUGUCAUUGGUGAGAAUAACCCAAUCAAAAAUGAGGACGGUAGUUACAGGCUAGAUUCCGACGGAAAGAAUAUUGCAAACUAUGGCCUGACACAAGCUAUCUUCAUGGGGUGUGUCUGUGCAUGCUUAAUUAUCACAGUUUUGGUGGGUAAAGAAGAGCGCAAUCGUGAUUUUGGAGUAGUUGAACUUGAAGAUGAUCGAUCAGGUCGCGCUGUUGGUCCAGCUGAGAUCACUGAGCUUUCAAUGGAGCAGGGAAGACCCCCAACUUCUAAUGAGGAAAAAGAACCCCGCUCUGGACAGUCAACAGUCCAAUGAUGUAUAUAAAAGACAAAAUAAACACACGCACACAGCAAACACACUACAUACUACACACAAAUUAGGGAAUGAAACUUUCUUUUGAUGUAUACAGACACACACACAUAAUAAAUAAUAUAUAUAUA